AGCUAGCUUCUGCUGUGAUCUCUUUCAGUGGGCCGGAGCAGCAGCAUGCACGAAAUAUAUACAUUUCGGUAGUUACCUUUGCAGCUGUGAGAUUUCGCCAUGGGGAGGGUUCUUGCGGGCGUUUCGGGAAAAAACGGCGAAACCUUUCGGGUCGCGUCAGGUUAAGAGUAACCUAUCUUACCUAGUGUUGCCAGUACGGCUCACUCAGUAAAGUUAGAACCACAAGUGCCGGCUCGUUCGAAUUAGAUUCCAGGAAGCCGAUGCCCGGUUACCGUGUUACCCUACCUGGGGCUCUGACGACAUGCGCUGGCCAGAGUCAAGAAAUUGCGGCGUUUCAGAGCUACGGCAGUUGAUUUGCCAAGCCCUCCACUAACGCUCAGCGUUUCGGCUGCUGAUUGGCCGAUCUCCACACGGCAGCACGUGAUUGACCUGUUUCUCUCCGCCAAUGGACGCGAGCCAUUUGAAAUGGCUGCAGGGCAUGGCUCUUGUGGUGGCCGUGGCUUUAAUAUGGAUCGCUGCGAGCUACAUAGUGCAGGCUGUGGAAGAAGAUGGUUUGUCCCCCUUUAUAGUCACGUACAUUUGCAACUCGUUAUUCGUGCUCUACAUCCCCGUUGUAGAGCUCUGGUGGUGCCUGUUCGGAAAGGCCGAGCCUGGAGGUCUCUCCACCAAUAGCGGAAAAACCGGCGCCAGAAGGGGCGAAUCAGGAGGUUCCAGUAACGGAGAAUCUAGUAGCGGUGGUAACAACAGUGAUGGCGGUAGCACUUCUGUAACUGGUAACAUGGUAACGGGUGGUGGCAGCAGUAGGAGGAGAAAGAAGAGGGAGGGGGGAGGAGAUGAGGAGACGAGGGGAUUGCUGGCAGCAGGGGAAGAGGUGGAAGAGGGGGGAGAAGGGGAGGGAGUGAGCGGACUGGAGGGCAUUGAGGAGGAGGGGGGAGAUGGGGGGGUGGUGGGGGAGGUGAUGGGGGGGGAUGGUACGAAAGACCGGAGUCCGGGGAAGGGCGAGGAGAGGAAGCAGCAGGAAGGGCCUGCGCAAGAGGAAAGGAAGGCAGAAUCAGGUGGUGUUGGAAAGGGGGAGAUGCAAAUCGGGGAGAGAGAACGAGGGGAGAAGCGGGCAGGUGAGGAAGGAGGGGAUAGAGAAGUGAGGGCAGAGGGUGCCUCAGAGUCAACGGGAGCAGCAGUUGGGAGUGGGGAUGCGUCCGAGCAGGUUGAAAGAGCACCUGAGGAGGCGGUGCGCGGUCCAGGGCUGACAGCGGGAGUGGGUAAGGGAGAUGGAGGGGAGGCGGGAGGGGAACCAGGAGAAGGGAUGGGAGGAGGAGCAAUGGGGCCAGCGACGGAGCUGACAAUACAGGGGAUGUUGGCUGGGCGGGGGAUAGAACAAGUAGAUAGGAUAGAGGCCGCACAGGGGGGGAGGGAAGGAGAAGAGGCGGAAGUAGGAUUCGGGGUGGAGGGGGGAAGCGUUUGUCAGGAGCAGCAGCAGAGCACUGGUGAGCCUCAUGCGCAUGUGAGAGUGGAUGAUUCGCCUGCAAGUGUGACUAUAAAGGGGGGAGGAGACCGACCACCAGAGGAGCUUUCACUGCAUAGUGGCGAUACAGCACAUGCUGACGUGGACAGGGGGGCUGAUGAGCUGGCGGCGCCUCCCUUGCUGCACAUUGCAUUGCAACAAUCUCUCAGCAAGGAAUCCACCCAAUCCAAUCAGUCCACGCCAGCAGAUAUUCUUUCCUCCCCAUCGUUCCGCCACUGGGCACACCGAUCCUUUGGCGCAGCCUCGUUCAAGCUCUGGCUCGGCAGCCCAGGCUGGGGACCAAGUUCCGCUCCAAGCCCUUCCGAGCCUAGACCUGCCGAGCCUAGAUUCUCCGAGCCUAGGCAUGAUAGAGGCAAACGCUCUGGCAGUAUCAAGGCAACACACAGCACGCAGCAGCACCCGGGCUUUAAGCCUUCACAAAGCCUGGCUAAGAGUGUUCCGGAAUCGCGAUGGACGAGGGGGCGUGUGGCGGGAGUGAGUCUGGCGAUCUGCCCCGUGUGGUUCCUCGCCCAGUUCACCUUCAACCUCUCCCUCACCUACACCAGCGUCACUUUCACCUUCAACCUCUCCCUCACCUACACCAGCGUCACUUCCAACACCGUACUGAGUUGCACCUCCAGCCUCUUCACCUUUGCUCUCUCCGUCUAUCUCCUGCACGAGCACUUCUGCCUGCGAAAGCUGCUCUCCGUGCUGCUCUGCGUGGCGGGCACUGUCGUAGUCGCCCUAGCCGACCAAGCCCAGGCCAGCAACACGCUAAACGCCGCACUUAGCGGCCUAAGCGCCAGCGGCAGUAUUAACAACAGCAGCAGUGGUGUGGGGUUGAGUGGCAGCGGGAACAGCACUGGGUUAGGUGCCGCUGCUUUGGACGCUGCAGCCGUCGCAGAGGCUGCGGCAACUGUGGCGAGUAACGCACGGGAGAGCCUGUUUGGUGACGUGCUGUGCCUGAUGUCAGCAGGGUUCUACGCCCUCUACACCACUAUGCUACGGUCCUUCACCCCUGCUGAAGGGGGGUUUGAGGAGAUGGGGGAUGAUGAGGAAGGGGGGGAGGGAGAGGAGGGGAGAGGGAGUGGGGGAGAGGAGGAGGAAGCGAGGGGGGAAGAGGGAGGAGGAGAGGGGAGAGUGGGGGAGGAGAGGCGAGGGGAGGAAAGACGAGCGUUUGCUAUAAAGACAGCAGGGAAAGGGAAAGCAGAGGAGCAGGAGGAGAAGGAGAAAGAGGAGGAGGAGAGAGGGGAAGGGGAGGAGGAGGAAGUGCCGUACAGCACGGCGCUGAUGUUUGGGUACCUGGGGCUCUUCAAUCUCUUCCUGCUGGCGCCCAUAGGGCUGCUGGUGCAAUGGAUGCGAGGCGAGUGGUUCGCCUGGCCGGAUGCCUCCCAAUGGGGGCUCGUCAUUGGCAAAGGUCUGCUAGACAACGUUCUGAGUGACUAUCUCUGGGCCCGGGCCGUCCUGUUAACCACCCCCACUGCCGCUACAGCCGGGCUACAGAUCCAGAUCCCCAUAGCCCUUACUGUAGACAGCUGGAAGGCUCACAGCCUGCCUAACACUGUUCAUGUGAUCGGGGCGGCGUUGGUCGUCCUGGGGUUCCUGGGGAUCAAUUCUUUCGUGACGUUUGAUUGGCUGGGGGAUGUGGGCACUGCUGAGAGGUGGCUUUUAGCUAAGUGUAAAGUGGUGGGAGCAGUUGUAGCAGGCUUUGUAGGAGCAGUGGGUGAGAUAAUAAAGGAGAUGGUUGAUGGGGCUGGUGGGAUGCGGAGGGGUGGGGAAAGGGAGGGGCUUCUUGUGUGUGAGGAUAGGGGGGGAGUGGUUGGGGUGGACUCUGCUUUAGUGGAAACGGAAGCUUCUGAGAAAGCUUCAACAGCUGUGGGACUGAAAGUGGUGUGAAGAGUUGUUUCAACCAAGCCUGCUGCAUGUACAGUACUUUCCAAAUACCAACAAUAGAAAGAUUCGAAAGGAUAAAUGAGACAAAGUAGG